UACUAGGAAGAGGGAAGAGCCGCUUCGCUUCCUCCGACCGCGGCCCCUCCUUGCGGCUCCGGAGUCUCCACCUACCGGGAGCGUUGGUGACCCGCCCGCUCUUUCUUUCCCCCUUCCCUAAAAGCGUCCUUCGGCGAGGAGCUUCCUGCCUAGCCAGCUCUAAUCUCAGCGUAGUCUUUCGUCGCGUGGAUCUCGAACUGCUGAGCGCCGGAUUCGGAGCGGUUUGCACGGCUUUACGGAACCCAGACUUCCCCCGGUCCCUGCUUACCCCAUCUCCUGGCAGAGAUGACGUGGUUCCAAUCUCUGCUGCCUCAGGCAUGAGCUCUUCAGAUCACCCUCUGAACCAUCCCCCUGCAGCCCUGACCAAUGCUAGCCACAUUAUGGAGGACUGGAGUGAUGUGGCCCAAACACCUUCUGAUGCUACCUCACUGAGGGCUGGACUGCUGCACAACGCCAACAACAAUGCCUCCUCGGGGCCCUGGCGAGGCCUGAGGAGCCCUUCCCUUUCUUCUGCUGUCUCCCAUUCCAAACUAAGCUACCUGGAGCGUGUGGUCUUGGAGAUUGUGGAGUCGGAACGCAUGUACGUGCGGGAUUUGCGAAGUAUCAUAGAGAAUUACUUGGCGAAGAUCAUAGAUACUCAAGAGCUGCUUCUACGGCCAGAACAAGUCAGUGCGCUCUUUGGGAACAUCGAGGAUAUCUAUGAACUGAACAGUGAGCUUCUGCAGGAUCUGGACAGCUGCCACAAUGAUCCUGUUGCCGUGGCAAGAUGUUUUGUGGACAGGAGUCAGGAUUUUGAUAUCUACACUCAAUACUGUAACAACUACCCUAACUCUGUGGCGGCUCUGACCGAAUGCAUGAGGAACAAACAGCUGGCCAAGUUCUUUCGCGAGCGGCAAGAGCAAAUCCGUCACUCAUUGCCCCUUGGUUCCUACCUUCUCAAGCCUGUCCAGCGCAUCCUCAAAUAUCACCUGCUCCUUCAGGAGAUAGCAAAGCACUUCGACAUAGAAGAGGAUGGCUAUGAAGUGGUGGAAGAGGCGAUUGACACCAUGACCUGUGUGGCUUGGUAUAUCAAUGACAUGAAACGGAAGCACGAGCAUGCUGUGCGCCUGCAGGAGAUUCAGUCAUUGCUUAUAAACUGGAAGGGUCCUGACCUGACCACUUAUGGAGAGCUUGUGCUGGAGGGUACUUUCCGUGUCCAUCGGGUCAGGAAUGAGAGAACUUUCUUCUUGUUUGACAAAAUCUUGCUGAUAACAAAGAAACGGGGCGAUCAUUAUAUAUACAAAAGCCACAUUCCAUGCUCCUCCCUGAUGCUGAUCGAGAGUACACGAGACUCACUGUGCUUCACCGUCACCCACUACAAGCACAGCAAACAGCAGUACAACAUCCAGGCCAAAUCAGGGGAGGAGAAGCGGGUUUGGACUCACCACAUCAAGCGCCUGAUUCUGGAAAACCACCAUGCCAUCAUCCCUCAGAAAGCCAAGGAAGCUAUCUUGGAAAUGGACUCGUACUAUCCUUCUCGCUACAAAUACAGCCCAGAGAGGCUGAAGAAGUCCUGGUCAUACCAACCUACAGAAGACAUUUCUCAGUAUGGCCGGCAGGGGCGUCGGCAAUCAGAGCCUUUCCGUGGCAAAAACACUGCUGAGAGGCUCCUAGAUGGACUCGAGCGUAAAGGCCGCAGGAAAUCUGAACCAACAAAACAGAUUCUCAAGCAACUGAGCAACAGAGGACUAAAGCAUGCAGGCAGUGACGGAGCCCUUUUGGAGUUUGGGGAGCCCUCGCACCCCACCAACAGCUUGCAGCAGCAGCAGCAGCAGGAUCGACAGGCCCUUCCCCAGGAAUCUCUGGAAGAGUUGGCUGAAAGCGACGGCAGCGAGAAGGAUAUGGGGCCGGAGGAAGAAGACGAAGAGGAGGAGGAGGAAGAGGAGGAGAGGCUGGUAGGAACGGAGCAGGUGGCAGACUUUGCAAGCUCCUUGAUGGCCGUCCUCCACUGCUGGCACUAUCGGGCCAACGCUUUGCUUUUCUCCUGGGGCAGCACGGCCAAGAGCCACAAGGCACAGGAAGGGCCCAAGCAAUACCAGUCGCCAAGCAGCAGUGGUGAGAAAAACAGGGUCGGGGAUAAUGUCUCAUCUGUCCCAAAGGCGCGAUCAGCCAUCGAACUCAGCAUGGUCUUAGAAGCUUCUCCCCUUAAGGAAGAGUACCUAGAAGAGGGUCCUUCAGACCCCGAGUCAGUGGGCAACCCGGAGCCAGUCCUGGCAGGCCAGUGGGGGACCCUGAAUCAACAGCGUUCAGAUGGCCUGGAGUCCACUGAAAAUACCGAACUGAAGCCACUUAGUAGUGAGGAGGAAGAAGAGGAGGAAGAAGAGGAGGACAGACGUUCACCCCAGACCAGAAGCAUCCUCCCUUUCUCUGUGCUGGAUCAGGCCAGUGUCAUUGCAGAGCGCUUUGCCAGCAGCCUCUCUCGCCGCAGCAGCCUGGCUCUCGAGGAGGGCAAGGGCCACCUGACUCCAAAGCAGGCUAGCCGCAGUGGCAGCGUCUUGAGCCUGGAUGGCAGCGAAAAAGCCGGAUGUCGCACGAACAGCACCACGGACUCCCUGCCGCAAGAGCCCCUGGGUGAGCCCAGCAGUGCCUGCAGCGGGGCUACCUCGCCUGGGCUGCUUGAGACGGACCAUGCCUCCUGCAAGCGGAAGGAGUCCAUGCUCUCCCAUCAGGACAGGCUGCUGCUAGACAAGAUCAAGAGCUACUACGAUUACGCGGAGCACCAGGAUGCCGGCUUCAGCGUCAGGCGGCGGGAGAGCCUGUCCUACAUCCCCAAAGGGGUGGUGAGGAAUUCCGUCUUCAGGAUCAACAGCCUUCCCCAGCCAGAGCCUGAGCAGGAGGGGCUGAAGCACAAGAGGCUGGGGCGCCCUGCCAGUGGUGGGGCUGGCACCACGGCAGCCUGGGUGUUGUCAAAUAGGCCUGUGGCUGGGCUACAGGCCCCCCGCUCCGAGGCAGCCUCUGCUGGAAGCCCCCUGCCCAUCACGGAAGCGGAGUUCAGGCCGCCGGCUGAGAUGGUUAAAAUCUGGGAGGAGAUGGAGAAGCCGAGCGGUGAGGGUUGGAGUAGGAGGCCUGAAGGUGUCACUCGGCCAGGCACGGCGAAUGGGCAGGUGGCCGGGGGCUCCUCUCUGCGGCACGUGGAGAGGCUCCGGGGCCAGGAGAACGGCUUUGACCUCCACGAGCCGCUUCUCAUCCUGGAGGAUGAGGACCUUGGGGCCAUCACAGAGGAGUCGGCGGUGCCCUCGCCUGAGAGUAAGUCUCCCGUGGAGCGGGCUGUGCCUUCUAGGAAGCCCUGGAAGCUGGACCAUGAGCUAGGGGGCUCUGAGCAAGAUCGGUAUCUCCCCCGCUUGCACCCCCGGAUAAUGCAGCUGGCCCACCUGACGGAGGCAGAGCUGGCGGAGAAGGUGAAGAACAAGGUCUACCAGCUGGCCCGCCAGUACAGCCUCCGAAUCAAGGGCCAGAAGCCUGCAGCGCAUAGGAGGCUUGCUGAGCUGGAGGAGGAGAUGAAAGGCAAUACCUUGACUGUCCAGCAGGAGGCAGAUAAGAAAAGCAAGGGCAAACGUAAGCCAGCCUUGACCCUCCCCAAUACUUACGAGCAAGUAUUGCUGCAGGAGGCCAGCACACUGACUCUCCCCCCAUCAUCAUCCUCGUCUCUGGAGAAGUCCCCCAAGCGCUUCUCUUUCAGCCCCUCCUCCAGCAGCCCGCGGCUUGCCUCUCCCACCAGCAGCACCCUGUCUUGCAGCCCUCUCAGCCCCGUCGUAGCUGAGAAGUUCAACUGGCCAGACGUGCGGGAGCUCAGGUCCAAAUAUUCCUGUCCAUCAGGGAAUCAGAAGUGCAGGCCCCAACCCGUCAACAGGAGCCGCUCAGCCCCUGAAAAAAUGGUGGAUACAGCUGGUAGAGCUCUGGAGGAGCACCAGUGCUCCAAGAGGAUUGUGAAGGCAGCAGACAAACCCCAGCAAGGGGGCAUGCCAGGCUGCAAAAGGGAAGCACCACCGGACUCCAUCCCCCAGGGCCACACCUGCGACGCACACAAGGAAUUGAGCGUUACAGCCGAGACCUCUCUGGAGGAGAACAGUCAGCGAGUGGUUGUCAUGGAAAAGCUGCUGGAUGUGACUGUCGAUCCGGACGAGAGCUAUGUGCAGAUUCGCUCCCCUACUUCCCGGGAGAAGAUCUCUCUCAAGGCCGUGGUGGAGAGGUGCAAGGCCUACCAGGACUCGGAAGAAUACCGCAGGCGUGAGGAGGACCUCCAGGAAGCAGCUCCCCACAAAGCACUUCAGCAGGUUUGCCGGGAGAAAACAGACAGCAGCCAGCAGAGCCUGGUAAAGAACCUGAGGGAGAAAUUCCAGACCCUCAAUUCCAAUAGUUGAGCUCCUGUGUCUGUUGUUCCCAUGCUGCUAAGCCCUAUUUUAUGAACUAGGAAGGUUCUGGAGUUGACGUCAUUUUCUCCCCCAGCUCCUUGAGAGGAGAAAGGACGAGUGACAGUCUCUUUCUCCUCCUCUUCCAGCCUGGAUUGCCACCUGGCUCAUUGUGCUCCGACCUUCAUGUCCAGCUGCCUCUACCCUCUGGGAAGUUGCUGAGCUCAUAGCUGUGCAUUCUGAGCCAGGUGGUUGCUGUCCUUUGUUGGCCGUGCUGUUGGGAAGUACUCUUCACACGUUUCCUGGAAGCACUGAGAAGCUUCCCAUCAGGACAGGCAUACCACAAAUCAGAGACUCCUUUGCAGCUACCCAUGCAGUCCACUAAGAAAAGGUGUGUCCUUUCCCUUCAGGACCAAAUCCUUGCUUUGCCAAGCCAGAGCAGAAAUGAAUGAGCCUUCUGUUGCUCAGUCUCAUAGGAUAACCAUAAGUUAUUGUUCCAAAUUAUGUUUUGUCUUUACUUUUUUAUUUUUAAGAGCGUGAUUUUACUGUGGCUGGCAGAGGGUUGAUCUGUUAUAAGACUCCCAGCUUGAUAGUAUAUAAUCUUAAUAAUAUUGGUUGUGUACACAUUUCAGUUUGUACACACUGUGCAAUAACCACUUUUGACCAGAAAAUGUGGCUGUGGUUUCUUCACUUGGUGGGUGGGAAUGGGGAAAAAAUUGCAGCCCGUGAUUUUUUUACUGCAGAGGUAAGAUUGAGAAGAGUCUUGAGCAUCACAGAGCUCUCUUAAGUUCACCAGUGGCAUGGACUAACGCUUGUGUGGUUCUGAUCUACUAUAGUGCCAGGAGGUCUUAAAAGACCUGCACAUCCCUUGGUAGAAGAUUUAUUCAAUUCACUGGUCAGGCUGGAAAGAUCACUGCCCCCACUUCAACUACUGGAUGUUUUUAGAUCAAAUCUCUCUAAGAUGGGACACUUUGCCAAAGGAAGAAAUGCAGCUCCACUAGAGAAGAGCUAUGUAUGGAGAAAUAGGAACAAAUCAGGAAGGUGCUGCAGCUGCCCAGUCUUAUUAUCAAAUGUUGUGUUGAAGGGUAGGCAGUGACGGUUGAGAGAUGGGGGGCACAAACACAUUCUGGAUGUCGGGUGCAGGAUUCAGGGUGCAAUGGUGGGGUUUUCAUCAGCUGGGUUGGGGAGUAUUUGAGGUUAUUUCUCCACCAAACAGCAGAGAAGCAGUGCCCAGCUGCUUAGGGGCAAGUUUAAAACAAAAGAGGGCCUGCUCCAUUCCUCUCUCUGCCUGCCAAAGACUAGCCCAGAGGUCCUUAGGCAUAAUCUCUGGACAUGUUCAAGGAUACUUUGCAUUAAAGGCUAUUCAAGAUAA